AUGGCUCCAGAUCCUCGAGAUGUUGAAAUCCUGGUCCACGUCACGGCGCCCAGCCGAGUCGUUGACGAUGCCACGUACCGCCAGCUUGCCCAGGCAUACCUGGAUUUUGAACCACAAGCGACUAUCCCAAUUGAAGACACCGGGAGCCACACCAGCGAUGCAGAUAUCGCAGAUGACCGCGAGGAUGCUGGCUCAAAUGAUAUGCCCCCUGCUCCAACUCCAACCUCUACGCCACCAGCUUCUCUGGAAUUAAGCUUUCAGAGCGUCCUGGACAACCGCGCAUCGCCACAGUUACUGGCUGUGAAUCGCGAAGGUGGUCACCAAAUAGUAAUACCCUCGUCUCAUCCCGAGAUCCCAGAGAGUCAGUCCUCUUGGAUAGCCCCUCCAAGCCAGAUCAGCGACUCCUAUCCUCUUCCAAACACUUCACGGAUGUUUGUGUCGCCAACGCGUGCUUUGCAGCGAUAUUUGGCGCGGUCCUCUUCCCAACCAGAAACAUCACCAACUCGUUCAAAGGGACCAUCACAGGGGUUCAAUACGGACGAGAUCCCAUCAUCCCUACCCUUGUCCGUCUCCGGGAGCCAUGUCGUAAUACCCUCCUCGGAAGCACAUCUCUCAGACCCUCAAGACAUCAUCCCAGUCACUCCGAUCGCAUCCAGGCCAGAUAAGAGAGAAUGGGUGUCCACUGGGGAUAGUGGGGAGGGCGCCACUGAAAGCUUGGAUAUCACACACAUCUCAAGCAGCGAUAUCAGUCUUGCACCCACUGCUUCCCUCACCAGGGCAGAAUCAGCGCCGCCACAAUCCAAAAGACUCAAGACGCUUACUCAAGGGAAACCCCUUGCUCGCAGCUCUAGCGACACUGGGGUCCGGCAACCGGUAGGCCUCUCCCCUAGCCCUCUAGCGCUGGAGAUUUGGUCACCCUCACCACCUGUCAGCGUAGACGAUCUGGAACUCCCCAUCGCGGUCCCGGAGAGGCUGGCGAAGCUUGCUGCUGACUUGUCUUCCCGGUACCGCCCAGAGGCUGAUCGGGACAUCACGCCCCUUGAGCGUGGCUACUGGCUUGUGAACUGUAGUUCUUGGUCUCGAGAUGUUCGCCUUGAUCUCUGGAACUUCCUCAUCCCUUAUAUCGAGGGCGGUCUGGCAGGGUGGGGAGUGUGGUGCCGCCGAGACGCCGCUCUCGAUGAGGUUCGCCUCUACUGUUGGGGAUCGCUUGUGAAGCACGCAUAUCUGCUUCUGUAUCUUGCAAGCGGUAGGCACCUCAAGUAUACAGGGGCCGUGUGGAAAGAUGCCGAGGCGAAACCGGUACUACGGGUGCUUCCUUACUUGAAACAAAGCUGA